AUGUCCUUCCUUUUCAAAUCCAAAAAGAGCCAGCAGCAAAACCAAAACCAAAGCCAAAACCAACCUCAUAAUCAGAAUCAGAAUCAGAAUCACAUCCAGCCUCCGCCACAAUCCCAGCCUCCGCCUCCGCCUCCUGCAGCGGCAACCAGGAAUAUCCAUACAUCUGAAAGCGCUGCUUCCAUUCCGCCAUCGAACGCAGUUAAUACACUUAAUGGCAUUAGAGAGAAGGAACGGGAUGGCGAGCCAACACAACCCUUUGGGGGACCUAAUGGCAGCACCAACGCUGCACCUAAUCAAGUAAAUCCUUCGCCGACGAGCCCGAUUCAAUCGAAUAAUGCACGCAGAGAUCGAGCGGACUCGGAGCCACAGGCACCACGAAGCCAGCCUGUUAACGGCACGCAACCGCCUUCGGGCCCUAAUCACACCCUCUACCCUUGGUCGCAACGCCGCAUGAACUUCCCUUCACCACAACUCACACCCUUCCCACGAUAUGGUGCUGCUAUCAAUGCCAUUGCAUCCACAGAGGGCGAUAUAUAUUUGAUGGGCGGCCUGGUCGAUGGCUCUACCGUGAAAGGUGAUUUAUGGAUGAUUGAAAACAACGGCAACAAUUCGACAUGUUUCCCAAUAUCCCCAGUCACCGAAGGGCCAGGUCCAAGAGUUGGCCAUGCCAGUUUGCUUGUUGGGAACGCUUUAAUUGUUUAUGGAGGUGAUACGAAGAUUCAUGAUAAUGAUACCCUUGAUGACACGUUGUACUUCCUCAACACCUCUUCCCGACAAUGGUCCUGCGCCGCCUCCCCAGGGCCUCGACCCCCUGGAAGAUACGGACAUUCGUUGAACCUGCUUGGAUCAAAGAUUUAUGUCUUUGGUGGUCAAGUGGAAGGGUUUUUCUUUAAUGAUUUGCUCGCGUUCGAUCUCAAUGCGAUGAACAACCCAGGGAAUAAAUGGGAAUUCCUUCUUAGAAAUAGCCACGAUGAUGGACCCCCUGUUGGACAAGUGCCUCCAGCCCGAACUAACCACACAAUGGUUACGUUUAAUGACAAACUUUACCUCUUCGGAGGUACGAACGGAGUCCAGUGGUUCCACGACGUUUGGUCCUAUGAUCCGAGAACCAACAGUUGGACGCAGAUUGAUUACGUCGGUUUUACUCCGACCCCAAGAGAGGGCCACGCGGCUACUUUGGUUGGCGACGUCAUGUAUGUCUUUGGCGGCCGAACAGAAGAAGGCGUUGACCUUGGGGACUUGAUUGCAUUUCGCAUUUCAAUCCGACGAUGGUACUCCUUCCACAACAUGGGCCCUGCACCAUCACCACGCUCAGGGCACAGCAUGACGACUCUUGGUAAAAACAUUAUAGUUCUCGCUGGAGAGCCGAGCUCAGCCCCCCGAGACCCAAUGGAACUUGGACUUGUUUACGUUUUGGACACUAAUAAAAUUCGAUACCCUAAUGACCAACCUACGUCUCCAACUGGGGAACGACCUCCUCGAAGAAUUGGACCAAAUGAGAGACCGGGCGGCCAAUCCGGGCGUACCUCUCGUGAGGCCCAGCAUGUCAUUCCUGACCCACAGCGCCGCGGACCACCUGGCCCUGCUCGAGACCCUGUCGGAAGCCCAUCGCCUGGUCCAGGUGGCUCCAGGCCAACCGAUAAAGAACGACAAAAUCACACCGGCAGAGAUGCAUCAGCUCAUGGCAGCAAUAGAGCACCUCGUGAAUCCAGCCCAAUGACCGCUGCUCGCCAACAACACUCGUCCUCACGACUUUCGGCACGCGCCAUGGAAGCGGGCGAAGCUGCUCCAAUGGUAACGCCCGCACGACAACGGUCACUCAGACAGCAAAGGCAGCAAAACUCAGUCGACAGCGUGGAUGACUCGAUACUUGGUUCUGAAUCACGAAGCUAUAGAAAUUCCAGGAACCUUGCAGAUGAGCCACGUUCGCCGCGUCUUACGGCCCACCAGGAAGCCUUGAUAAAAGAACUGGAGACCGUAAAAACGAAAAAUGCAUGGUAUGUGUCUGAACUUGCGUUGGCUCGUAAGGCAGGCUACACCCCAACGUCCAACACCGGUAGCUUUGACGAGCGGUCAGUGGACUCUUUCAAUGAAGGUGAUCGUCCUCUAGUUGAAAUGUUGCUUGCCAUGAAGGCGGAGCUCGCUAAGAUGCAAGCCAACGUUGAUCGUCAAGCGGGCAUUGCAUCAAAGCGAGUUGCGGAAGUUGAGCACCAGCGAGAUAUUGCUUUGAACGAAGCUGCGUAUGCUCGUGCGAGAUUCGCUGCACAUGGCGGCGGCGGUAGCCAAGGUGGGACUCCAAUGUCAGAGAUUAGCGGCCGUGAACUUGAUGACAAUAACUCUCAACGUGCCACUGAAAUCAGUCGUCGUCUAGCCCUCUCCCUUACUGUCCAGAAUGAAUUGAAGGCAAAGGCCGAAUCCUUAACGCUGGAGCUUCAAGAAGAGAGACGAGCGAAGGAACUGGCUGAAGAACUCCAUGAGAUGACGAAUAAGAGGCUGACCGAGUUGGAACUCCAAAGCAACCCCCUCGAACUGGAGAGUAUGCGGGUAGAACUACACCAGCUACAAUCCUCGCACCGAGAGGAGACUGCUGCACGUUCUGAGGCUGAGGCGUCUCUUAAGAUGCUUCAAGUUGAUUAUGCAGAGUUGGCUGAUAAGCAUGAAGAUGCUACUAGUCGUAUAGAAAACCAUGGAUUGAAUGUCUCUUCUCUCCGAGACGCUGUGCAAGCCUCCGUUGCCAAAGCUGAUCUUAUGGAACGAAAACUCGAAGAGGAGCGCCAGCAUCGUGAAACUUUUGAGAGGAAAUUGCUACAGCUGAGAGCAGAGCACGAGGAACGAACUGCAGAGCUAGAUAAUACCGCAAGACGUCUCAAGGAAAUGGAGGAGCUAGCCGAUUCUCACGCUAGGGAGGCUGAAAGCCAUAAGAUUGCGCUCUUGUCUGGAUUCGAUCGUGUGACUUCACGCGAUGCCGAGAGAAGUAACUCCCUGACAGACCAGCGAGUCAAUGUUCUUCAAUCCCAAGUUGAACGGGCCAACGAGCUGGUCAAGACAAGUCAACAAGCCGCCGAUUCCGCAGCCGAAAAGCUACGUCGUGCCGAGGAGCGGAUUGCUGGACUAGAAGCCUACCAGGAACAGAGCAGCAGGGAAGGACUACAACUUCGAAGACAGUUGCAGGCAGCCCUAAAGGAAAGCCAAACGCUCAACUCCGAGAAUAGAGAGAUGAAGGCUCAACUUGAGAACCAACAACGUGAUACCAACGCGCUGGCUAUCCAGCAUGGAGCCCUUAAGGAUCUUCUCGGCGAGCGUGGUGUGAACAUGUCUGAUAGCCGACGCUCCCCUCUUUUGGAUUCACCAGGGUCACGAUAUGGCACUCCCGAACAAAACCGACUACGCGAGCUUGAACAGCAACUACAGUCGAGUUUGAAGGCGCACGAGGAGACCAAGUCUAGUUUUGAAUUCCGAGAACAAGAAGUUGGCCGCGCCUAUAAUGAGAAGCUAGAGCAGCUCGAGAACGAUUACCAGUCUGCAGUCCAUUACGUCAAGGGAACAGAGAAGAUGCUGAAACGCAUGAAAGACGAGCUGUCCAAAUAUAAAUCUCAAACGGCUAAACUACAGGCUGAGCUAGAUGAGGUGUCCAGCAACGCCAACGACAUGUCGCGAGAGGCACCGGCAGAGUGGACGGCGGAACGCGACACAUUACACCAGUCCAUCUCAGAACUACAGUCAUCUACUGCCGCAUCUAUUUCGUCAUUGGAGAACAAACUCCUGACCGUCCAAGGCGAACUCUCUUCUGUCCAAAAGAGAUACGACGAAUCACGCUCUGACCAUGAAGCGCUACAGGCAGAACUCUCAAGCACCACGGAGAGGAGCUACCGUGACCUCGAACAGCUCAAGAAGGAAAACGCCCUCCUUGAGGCCCGAGCCAUGGACGCAGAGAAGAAGGUCUCCAUGCUUCUCGACCAGGUUGAAUCCUCCGUCACCAACUACCGUCGACAAUCCCAACAAGUCCCCGGCGGAAUGCAUUCCAACGGCAUCGACCUCAGCCGUACACAUAGCAAUGCAUCCAGUGCGGCAGCUAAUUCCACCGCCAACCACGCCAACCGGCCGCGAGGAGAUAGCAACGUCUCGCAGGACGAUACGCUGUUGAAUCAUCGCGGCUCCAUGGCCUUGGAUUCCCUUGCAAACGAACUCGAUGCUCUACGUAGCCACUGGGAGACUACGAACCGCAGCUAUAGAUCAAGCACGCAGUUCGACUUUGACCAGACGCCUACCAAGGAGACAUAUGGUGAAGGACUGAGUGAUAGUCUCGCGAACUGGCGCCGUCGUCUAGAUGAGGAAGAAGCUCGUGCCGAUGAUCCAGUUUCAGGUCAACAAACGUCGACCAUGCCUUCGUCUAGCACUGCUCAGCCUGUCGCGGCGGCGGCUGGAAAUAUGAUAUAA